CCACUCAAUGACUGUGCUCCUGUAAGAAUUGCCUUGUUGGGAGGCCCUCGAUCUGGGAAGACUUCUACAAUUUCAAAGUUAACUGCUGAUACUUUCAACGAUACCUACUAUCCCACUCAUAGUAUCAACCCCGUUCUUUUCCAUUACAAAGCUCUGUCGUUUCUUCCUAGACUCAUUCUUGACGAAACGGAACCUGAAAAUAGCCUUUCAUAUUUCUCCAAGCAGAGCAGGGUGCUUCUCAGUCCUGUUCUUUACCAGACCUAUUUGAAAUCGAACAAGAAGAAAACUGACAUAUCCCACAAUUCAGAGAUAGCGUACAUUCCUCCCCAAACCACCCCUGUACUUGUAGAACUCAUAGAUACUCCCAGCUUCAACCCACAACAGGUUGUACCCUUUUUAGAAGCUUCCAUCUACCAUAAACUCGAUAAAGAUAUCUUGAGGAACUUGGCAAACGAGCCACGGAAGCCAGUUUCCACCAACCCGUUGCUAGUGGCCAGUGGUGCAAGCGAAUUGAACGGAAAUAUUGAUGGCUACUUCUUCGUAUAUAGUGCCGUUCCGUCGUACAACCCUCCUUCUUAUGAGGAAACCAUAGAUCCUAUACGCAUUGAAAGAGAUGAGACGUUCAAACUCUUGUCGAUUAUGAAAGGGGCUUUGGAUGAAGCUUGGAAAGAAUACAAUUCGUUCAAGAAGAGAUGGAACCUCGGCAAGGAGCACGACAUUUUCUCGUUUAAGAAUGCGAUGAAGAGCAUAUGGAAGGAUAAAAACAUCCACGACGUGGCUAACUUGCGGGAGCAACUUAGUAAGGAAGUUCACUUGUACGACAACUCUGUGGAUCCAGCUGACCCCGAUUGUCCUCCGCCAAUUUGGAUAAUUUGCACCCAUACCAAGAGUCAACUUGCGUCACCUAAAUUGAUUCUGAACGGGAAAAAGGUAUCCAAGUUCUGGAAAUGUGGGUUUGUAGCCAUUGAUAACGAGGACAACAAUGUGGACGAGGUGUUGGCGUUGAUGUUGAGGGAGAUUGUCGAACGGAAG